GAUUCACAAACACAAAACGAGAAACAGCCAGAGAGACAAGAGACAUCGGGCACCAGUUGAAACAGAAGCGUUCACAUCGAGGAGUGAAGAACAGAUGCUGACCCGAGCAGCUCAAGGGCUCUUGUUUCGUUAAGACUGGUACUUUUCAGUGUGCCUGGACUUGGAGGUUUUUGAGGGUCCAUUUGUUUGGCUUUGGACGAACUCUUGUGUUGUGGCUACUGAGACAGAGACUUCUCUUCAAAUAGAGACAGAGCACCAGAAAGAGCAAGAAAAAACUAAGUUCUGAGACGUCGGCCGUCGUCUUUCAGCUGUAUCCACGCUUGGUGUUGCAUUUGAUUUAAACCAGAUUCAAUUUCCAUUUGGGCUUCUGUUCUACCAAUGGCUGCUGUGCGUCAGAUGGUCAUGGAGGCCUCCGGCUUCCACGUUCUGCCGGCCCACCUGAUGGCCUCGGCCAUGGAGGAGUUCCCCCAGCAGCUGCCCGUCCCCAAGGGCCCAGCGAGGGGCAAGAGCCGCUCCCGCCGACCUCGCGAGGCCCGCUUCAAAACACAGCCUGUCACCUUUGCUGAGAUCGCAGAGGUAGAGGAAGAGGGUUCUUCGCCCCUGGAGGAGGAGAGGGCACGCCGUUCCUUCCUGCAGUCCCUGGAGAACCUGCGGCGGAGCACGCAGACCCUCCAUUGCCCGCCGGCUGCCCAUCACAGCUGCACCCCCACACCUACACAGGCCAGCCUGGACUCCAGUGACUCCGACUCCACCCAGUGAGCGGCGUGGGACGUGCCCAUCUCCUGCCACCCGUGUUCCUCCCUUUCGCCUUGACGCCGCUUCGAACGGAGGCCAACUGAACUGAACCAAACUGGCCUGUCUGCCAGCCUGCCUGUGUGUAAGCUGCUGCUGUCAUACGCUGCAUUUAAUACUAACAUAUCAACAGGUGUAUAGCUCCGAGAUGCACAGGCUGGUUAUACUGCUGUAUAGAUGCGAUGAGUGGAAAAAGUAGCAGAUGCUGCUGCAUUGAGCACACUCUUCAAAUGUAUUCCUUUUCUACUGUACACGUCUGUGAGGAAAACUUGAAUGAUGAAAGUUGGUUUUUAUUUCUCCAUUUUAAAGUUGUAUAGGAAUUUUUGGUUCAAAUCUGAUUUUUCUACUUGACCAGUCACCAUAGAAAGGACUGUUGAAUUAAUCUUGUGAGUUACACUGAUUACACACACUGUAAAUACUUUGACUGAGCGACGGACGUGACCUGGCCGUCACUGAAGCGGUAGAGUACCGUUGUAUUUGUCAAGAGAGUUCAAGCUCUUGUUUCACAUCUUCAGUGUGAAUGAAAUCUCUUGCUUCAAUUCCUGAGCAAAUCAAAAUGCCUUUCUAAAUGUCUCUAUUUAUUCUCUUAUUCUUUGAUCAUAACCAAGUGGAGUUGUAGAUGUGACAUUUUAUUGCUCUUUCUGACUUCUAAAGUCAACUUGACUUUGAAACAAAAUCAUAACCUUUAUACUUUAUAUUUGUUUUACUUUAUACAUAUAUAUUACAAUGUUUGCCAUAUGUACUUUAAUAAAUAUUUUCAAGUAUUUUGAGUCAUUGUCUA